AUGGCAGCGUUACAUUUUUGGGGACCAAUUGCUAAUUGGGGUUUACCAUUAGCUGCUAUAGCAGAUUUAAAAAAAGAUCCUGAAAUUAUUAGCCCAAAAAUGACUGUUGCUUUAUGUUUCUAUUCAAUGCUAUUUAUGCGUUUUGCUGUUCAAGUAAAACCAAAAAAUCGACUUUUGUUUGCCUGUCAUUUUGCUAAUGAAUGUGCACAAUUGGUGCAAUUAGCAAGAUUUCUUAACUACAAAUAUGGUACACCACAACCGAUGAAACAAUAUCAAGUUCCAUCAACUGCUAGUAUACCAAAAACAAAUACACCAACAUCCGCUCAACUUGCACGCCCUACAUAA